GCAUAAACGAGAGACGGUUAGGUCUCCGCGCGCAAUAAUCCGUGCUUCAACGAAUCUCACACAUUUCUACGUUUUCGCGGCGUACAGAGAGUUCGUUCCGUUGCUAAGAGCAUAUAUUAGAGAUAUUAAGGAGAUUAAGAAUACGAAGAUAAUAAGACGUAAUCUAAAUCAUAAGGAAUAUUUAAUCUGUGAACAAACAAAAAAAAGACCGGUCACUUAUCAAUUAGAUUUCCUGUUUAGACAACGUUUUUCAAAUCUUGUCGAAAAUUGAAGCUUGCCUUACAGAAAAGAAAGAGAAAAAAGUGAAGAGGGGAGAGGUGGUGACGAAGGAGAGUGGUAGAAGGGGAAGGAACGUGGAAGCCGGUAAGAACGAUCGAUCGUGAAAGACAAGACCGUGUCAACCGUUCAACAUCAUCGAAAAGAGCUGCAUAUUUCGAACGUGCUACACUUCCUUCGAAUUUUAUCGAAAUUCAGCGUGGUUAACUCCCGCCACUACUGCCGGUCUAUUUUACGAGUUCCUUCUUCGCCAGUUCUGUUCUAUUAACGGUCGAGGUCCACGACUGACGCCUGUGUUACAGAGAAAAGGAAUAAGAAGUACGAUUCGCUAACUAUAAUAACUCGUUCCUCUUCUUCAAAAUCCUUAAUUAAAACGAAAAAGGGAGUCUCAAAAAAGAUUUUCUUCCAUCUUGUUUCUGAUAAUAAUUCAAGUUCAAACAAGUUCGAAGUUCAAGAGAAUAUUCGAUCGUCGUGGGAGGUCGGUGUCUCGUCUGUUGACAGACUAACGAGAAUUAUUGUUUUUUCUUUUCUUUUUUUUCUUCCUUUCCGAAAAAGAAGAAUAGAAAAGGACAGUGCUCUGAAGAAAGAAGGAUAAGGAAUUCUAAGAAAAGAGAAUUCAAUUGGGACUUCGUUUCGGUACUACGCAGUAAUUUUUCUUUCUUUUGAAGAUUGAAAACAUGAGUUCUGGCAAUUAUUGGUCUCUUCCUCCGAAACAAGGUCUUUACGAUCCAACACUUGAGAAAGAAGCAUGUGGUGUUGGAUUUAUUGUUGCUAUCGAUGGCAAGAGAUCUCAUAAGAUUAUUCGAGAUGCGCAGACACUUUCCGCACGGAUGAAUCACAGAGGUGCAUGUGCUUGUGAUAAUGAUACCGGUGAUGGUGCCGGUGUACUUUGUGCUAUACCACAUGAAUAUUAUGCGGAUGAGAUUCGCGAGCAACAGAAUAUCGAGUUGCCUAAUAUCGGACGUUAUGCUACUGGCAUACUUUUCCUUGAUAAGAAUACCCAUAAGGAAACUGAAGCUGCAUUUGAAAAAUUAGCUGAAGAAUGUAGUCUAAGAGUAAUUUGUUGGCGCGAUGUCCCAACGGAUGACACGCAAAUUGGCCAAGUUGCAAAAAAAUGUGAACCUUAUAUGCGACAAGUAUUUGUUACGGGUGAUCAAGAGGAUAAAGAAAUUCUUCAACGUCAGAUUUUUGUAUUAAGAAAGAGAUCAUCUCAUACCAUACCUAAAGCAGAAUUAAGAUAUUAUAUUUGUUCGCUCUCUUUGAAAACUGUUGUCUAUAAAGGCCAACUUACAGCAGAUCAACUCUGGUCAUACUUUGAGGACUUAAAGUCACCAAAAUUCGAGACUUAUUUGGCAUUAGUUCAUACAAGAUUUUCCACAAAUACAUUCCCUAGUUGGGAAAGAGCACACCCAUUGCGAUUACUCGCGCAUAACGGUGAAAUCAAUACUUUGCGAGGAAAUGUUAAUCUUAUGAAAGCUCGUGAGGGGGUUAUGAGCAGUAAGAUUUAUGGUAAUCAAUUGAAAGAUCUUUAUCCAGUUGUAGAGCCAAAUCUUUCGGAUUCUGGUGCAGCUGAUUGCGUACUUGAAUUUUUGGUAAUGGCGGGACAACGUUCAUUGCCUGAGGCUGUUAUGACUAUGGUACCAGAGGCUUGGCAAAAUGAUCUUACAAUGGCUACGGAGAAAAGAGACUUUUAUCAUUGGGCUGCAUGUUCUAUGGAACCAUGGGAUGGUCCAGCUCUACUGACAUUCACCGAUGGUCGUUACGUUGGUGCUAUCUUAGACAGAAAUGGCCUGCGCCCCUCGCGCUUCUACGUCACUAAGGAUAACAUGAUGGUGAUGGCGUCCGAAGUGGGCGUCUAUGACACACCGCCCAGCAAUAUAAUCCUGAAGAGCCGUUUGAAGCCUGGAAGAAUGCUCCUUGUUGACACUGAAGAAAAGAAGAUUAUACAAGAUGUUGAACUAAAACAACACAUUGCAAGAAGCAGGCCUCAUUCUAAGUGGCUCAGAGAACAGAUAACAAUGGAUGAAAUACGUGCUGCUCAUGCUGCUAAUGGUGGUACAUUGAAUACAUUCGAGAAUGGAUACAAUUCUGAGGUUCAGAAAAAAAAUAUUUUCAAUGGUCUUAAUGAAAUUUCUGCUGUUAAUCGUGUCUGGGGUGGUGAUAAAAGAUUGUCUUUGUAUGGAUAUACAUUGGAGACCAUCAACUUGCUGUUACUUCCAAUGAUACAAUCCAAAAAAGAAGCUCUUGGUUCCAUGGGUAAUGAUGCACCGCUUGCGUGUUUAUCGCAAUUUCAACCUUUACCAUACGAAUACUUUAAACAAUUAUUUGCACAGGUGACAAAUCCUCCGAUCGAUCCAUUCAGAGAAAAGAUCGUCAUGUCAAUGCUCUGUCCAAUUGGCCCUGUGAGCAAUAUUUUGGAGCCAAGUGAACUCCAAGUACAUAGAUUGUUCUUAGAACAACCAAUUUUAUCUCUCGAUGAUCUUGAAGUUCUUAAGCAAACCAAACAUCGUGGAUGGACAACCAAGGUUAUUGAUGCAACAUAUCCUGUAGAAGACGGACCUCUUGGUUUGGUAAAGACUCUGAACCGUGUCUGUAAUGAAGCUAACGAAGCUGCUAGAGGUGGUUAUCAAUUAAUUGUAUUAUCUGAUCGACAAGGUGGUUCAGAAAGAGUUCCCGUUAGCAGUUUAUUAGCAUUAGGAGCAGUACAUCACUUUUUGAUCGAAGAGAGACAACGAAUGAAAGUUGGUCUUAUCCUGGAGACUGCUGAAGCUAGAGAGGUACAUCACAUAUGCGUGUUACUUGGUUAUGGUGCAGAUGCUAUUUGUCCAUAUCUUGUAUUUGAAAUGGCGAAGAAUUUAAGAGCAGAUGGAGUUUUUGACUAUACAUAUACCGAUGAAGUCAUAUAUAAGAAUUAUUCUGAAGCUAUGGAACGUGGCAUAGCAAAAGUAAUGGCAAAAAUGGGAAUAUCAACUUUACAAUCUUACAAAGGAGCACAAAUCUUUGAAGCAGUUGGAUUAGCCGAUGAAGUAAUAGAUAAGUGUUUCAAGGGCACUCAGUCACGUAUUGGUGGAGUAACAUUUGAAAUAUUAGCUAAAGAGGCAUUUGAAAGACAUCAAAUAACAUAUUGGAAUAAACCAAUGGACAUGUUAAUAAUUCGUAAUCCAGGUAUUUAUCACUGGCGAUCUGGUGGAGAAAAACAUAUCAAUGAUCCUGGCAGCAUAGCUAGUUUGCAGGAUUAUGUUGUUUCGAAAAGCAAUAAUGCUUAUGAAAAUUACCGUAAGAUAUCAAUGGACAUGGUUCAAAAUUGUACAUUGCGCGGUCAAUUAGUAAUUAAAAAAUUAGAUAAGCCAAUAGACAUAAACGAAAUAGAACCUGCUUCUGAAAUUGUUAAACGAUUUGUUACCGGAGCUAUGAGUUUUGGAAGUAUCUCGCUUGAAGCUCAUACCACAUUGGCAAUAGCUAUGAAUCGCAUUGGAGGUAAAUCCAACACAGGUGAAGGUGGUGAAAAUGCAGACAGGUAUCUUAAUCAAGAUCCAGAAUUUAACAAGCGUUCGGCUAUAAAACAAGUAGCCAGUGGUAGAUUUGGAGUAACUUCAAGUUAUUUGGCUAAUGCCGAUGAUCUUCAAAUAAAAAUGGCUCAGGGUGCAAAACCAGGAGAAGGUGGAGAAUUGCCUGGCUACAAAGUCACUGCAGAUAUUGCUGCAACCAGACAUUCUGUAGCUGGUGUAGGUCUUAUUUCACCACCUCCUCAUCAUGAUAUUUAUUCGAUAGAAGAUUUGGCCGAAUUAAUCUACGAUCUAAAAUGUGCAAAUCCUAAUGCCCGUAUAUCUGUCAAAUUAGUAUCAGAAGUUGGAGUGGGUGUAGUCGCAGCAGGUGUGGCAAAGGGUAAAGCUGAACAUGUAGUGAUAUCUGGUCACGAUGGUGGUACUGGCGCUAGUAGUUGGACAGGCAUUAAAUCCGCAGGCCUUCCAUGGGAAUUGGGUGUAGCGGAGACUCAUCAAGUUCUGACAUUGAAUAAUCUUCGAUCACGCAUGGUAGUUCAAGCAGACGGACAGAUGCGUACAGGUUUUGAUAUCGUAGUUGCAGCAUUACUAGGUGCAGAUGAAUUUGGUUUCAGUACAGCUCCUUUGAUUGCUAUGGGAUGUACUAUGAUGAGAAAAUGUCACUUGAAUACUUGUCCCGUUGGUAUUGCCACGCAAGAUCCUGUACUUAGGAAAAAAUUCGAAGGAAAACCGGAACAUGUGAUAAAUUUCUUCUUUGCGCUUGCCGAAGAGGUUCGUCAGCACAUGGCGAGUCUUGGUAUUAAAAAAUUCCAAGAUUUAAUAGGCCGUACAGAUUUUCUUAAAGUACGCGACGAUAUAGCUGUUGAGAAAGCUAAGACAUUGAGCUUCGUAAAUAUUCUACGAAAUGCAUUGGAUUUAAGACCGGGUGUGAACAUUCAUGGUGGUUCUAUCAAGCAAGAUUUUCAAUUAGAAAAUAGACUUGAUAACGAAUUGAUUCGAUUGGCUGAGCCAAUAUUAAAUGGUAAACAAAAACGUGUUGAUAUUGAAAUGAAUAUUAACAACGAAUGUCGAGCAUUUGCAUCUACGUUGAGUUAUCAAAUAUCUAAACAAUUUGGUGAAAAUGGUUUGCCAGAGCAUAGUAUUAACAUCAAAAUGAAAGGUUCAGCAGGUCAAAGCUUUUGUGCUUUCAUGACGAAAGGUAUUCACGUGACACUUGAAGGAGAUGCUAACGAUUAUGUAGGAAAGAGUCUUUGUGGUGGUGAAAUAGUGAUAUAUCCACCGAAAGAAUCAGAUUUCAAUUCUGAAGCUAAUGUCAUAGUAGGAAACGUUUGUCUUUAUGGUGCGACUUCUGGUAAAGCAUAUUUCCGAGGUAUCGCAGCUGAGAGAUUCAGUGUUCGUAACAGCGGAGCUGUUGUAGUCGUCGAAGGUGUAGGUGAUCAUGGUUGCGAAUAUAUGACUGGAGGAUGUGCUGUUAUUCUUGGAUUAACAGGACGAAAUUUCGCUGCUGGAAUGUCUGGUGGAAUAGCUUAUGUUUUUGAUGUUGAUGGUUCAUUCAAAAGCAAAUGCAAUCCCGAAAUGGUUGAGCUACUUCCACUUAAUAACACGGAAGACAUUGCUUAUGUAAAACAAUUGUUGGAAGAGUUUGUUGAGAAGACUGGUUCACUUAUUGCAAAGGAUUUGUUGAAUUUAUGGCCUGAACCAACGACCAGAUUUGUUAAGGUAUUUCCUUACGAGUAUCAACGAGUAUUGGAACAACGAGAAGAAACAAAGCAAGAACAACCGAUUCUUAAUGGAAAUUCACAGACUGAUUCAAAAGUGAAAGAUAUUGAAGAAGUUGUCACGGAUGGAGAAGUAGCACAGAAAAAAUUAGACAAGAUAAGAGGAUUUAUGAAGUAUAAGAGACAUACAGAAUCAUAUAGAGCAGCCGAGAAGCGUAUGGAGGAUUGGGAUGAGAUUUAUAAUUUCCAAGGCGUAAGAAAAGGAUUACGUACUCAAGCAGCAAGGUGCAUGGAAUGUGGUGUUCCAUUUUGUCAAAGUAGUUAUGGUUGUCCACUUGGAAAUAUUAUUCCUAAGUGGAAUGACCUUGUAUUUCAUUCCAAUUGGAAAGAGGCGCUUAAUCAGCUUUUACAAACGAACAAUUUCCCAGAAUUCACUGGAAGAGUAUGUCCUGCACCAUGCGAAGGUGCUUGCGUACUUGGCAUAUCAGAACCUCCUGUCACUAUAAAAAAUAUUGAAUGUGCAAUAAUUGAUCAUGCAUUUGAACAAGGAUGGAUUCUUCCGCAUCCUCCAACAACAAGAACUGGGCGUACUGUAGCAGUAAUAGGUUCUGGUCCAGCUGGUUUAGCUGCUGCACAUCAAUUAAACAAAGCUGGUCAUUUAGUAACUGUAUAUGAAAGGAAUGAUCGUGUUGGAGGAUUAUUACAAUACGGUAUACCUACAAUGAAAUUAUCCAAACAAGUUGUACAAAGAAGAGUAUCUUUACUCGCUGCGGAAGGUAUAGUUUUUAAGACCGGUGUUGAUGUCGGAAAAGAUAUUACUGUUCAGGAAUUAAAAAAUCAAUACGAUGCAGUAUUACUUUGCACUGGUGCAACUUGGCCUAGAGAUAUACAGAUUCCUGGUAGAGAACUCGAAGGAAUUCACUUUGCUGUUAGUUUUCUAGAACACUGGCAGAAAAAGCAGAUGGGUAAUGAAACCCCACAGGAUUUGCGGCUUAUGGCACAGGAUAAAGACGUUAUCAUAUUAGGUGGUGGCGAUACAGGCUGUGAUUGUAUUGCAACGUCUUUACGUCAGGGUGCUAAGACUAUUACUACUUUUGAAAUCUUACCUGAACCACCUGUAAAACGGGCUACAGAUAAUCCUUGGCCUCAAUUCCCUCGAUUGUUUAAAGUAGAUUAUGGUCACGAAGAAGUGGCCUUGAAAUUUGGUCGUGAUCCUCGUCAAUUCAGUACUCGCAGUGAGGAAUUUUUGGACGAUGGUAAUGGACAUGUGAGUGGUAUCAAGACUGUAACUGUAGAAUGGACAAAGGAUUCUACAGGAGGUUGGAAAAACAAUGCAGUUCCUGGAUCUGAGAAGAUAUAUAAAUGUGAUUUAGUUUUACUUGCUAUGGGAUUCUUGGGCCCAGAAAAAUAUAUUGCUAAUGAGUUGCAAACGAAAAUGGAUGCUCGUGGAAAUUAUGAGACUCCAAUAGGCAAAUACAAAACUAGUUUGCCUGGAAUCUAUGCAGCUGGAGAUUGUCGACGAGGACAAUCGUUGGUUGUUUGGGCAAUAACAGAAGGAAGACAAGCCGCAAGGGAAAUAGAUAUUGAUUUAAUGGGAACGACUGGUCUUCCUGGAGCUGGCGGUGUAAUAACUGGCGUUGUUGCAUAAGAGGUAGAUGGAAAGAAAUAAAAGAAGAAAUUCUCGAACGAAUCAUAUCGAAAGCCAUCGAACGAUAAAUGGAAAUCGUUCCGUGGGUAUCUGUCAAGUGGUGGACACAGAAGUUGGCUUUUUCAAGUAUUUUAGCAUAGCUAAGAAGCUGAUGUAUAAAGAGCAGUAAAUAUCAGAGGUAUAGCAGAGAUAUUUAAGUUAAAUAAUAGUUGGUAGCAGCUCUAUACGAAAGUAUUGAUAUGAAAGGUUAGAUGAUCUUCUUUAUAUCGGAAAAGAAUGGUUUAUCCUCUCUACUCAAAAUUAUUCAUUUUUUUUGUUUUUGGACGUACUUUCAUUUCAUGGAAUAUCUUUCUAUUGAGAGAUUAUCAUUAUCAUCAUCAUCAUCAUCAUCAUCAUUAUCAUCAUUAUCAUUAUCAUUAUUAUUAUCAUCAUUAUCAUCAUUAUCAUUAUCAUAGACUAUGAUGAAGAAUGAAUAUGUAGAGAAGAUAUCGAUAUGUUAUAUUAUAUCGAGGUAAUUAAAAAUUCGAUUGUCCGAGAUAAGCCAAUAAAAGGAUUAUAUACAGCAGGAUUAUGAAAGACAAUAGAAAGAUGGUACAUACGUGUUUUUGAAACUGAUACGUUUCUUAUUCGCUAUUGAUAGUGAGAUGAAAGUGUCAUUAAUAAUUUAUUAUUUUUGACAGAAGUAAUCUCAUUCUUUAUAAAAAAUGUAUGUACAUUUUCUGUCACAUUAUGUGAUAUAUAUAUAUAUAUACGUAUAUAAUAUCGUGGAUUUAAAAGAAAUCGAAAAAGUAUCUUUUACCAUUCGCGAUUAAGAACUUCAAUUGAAUGAUAUCAGAUGUUAGUAUGAAAAAAGAAAAAAAGAAAAAGAAAAAAAAAACGUAACGUAGAAGUACAUACGUAAGAUUCGUAAUCUCGGUUGCAGUUCGAUGAUCAUUAUCUACUUAAAACUUUGCCUGCUGAUGAUCAAUCUGUGUGCUGGUUAUUUUAUUGGAUUAUUAUAUUGUUAUAAUAUUUCUUGAAUAUAUUGAACAAAUAUGAUUAGCAAUUAUUGAUUAGAAAAAGGAAGGGAAAGGAGAAUCCAGUGACACAUACAGCAACAGUAGCAGCAGAGUAGUAUGCAAGUAUUUUUCGAGCCUAUAUUUGCCUAUAAUAGUCUUUUUUCUUUUUUUUUUUUAUAAUAAUGCAUAAAAAUGGGCUAGCUUGAAAAAAAGAAAGGAAAAAAAUUACAGGGUAGGCUAAAUGUUUUUAAUGUUAAAAAUCGAAUACUCUUUUUUGAGACUUUUUAAGACUAAUAAUGUUUUAUUGUCAAAUUAUAGAACUCCCUUUCUAUAAGCCUACAAAAGCUCCUCGAUAAAGAGUUAGUGGUUUUUAAGAUCACUUAGGAAUUUUUGGCCUAGCCUGUAUAAGAAAAAAAAAAAUGAUCAUGUACCGUUAAUGAUAAUAAUGAUAAAAAUAAUAUCAUCGAUGAUUAAUUUAAAAUAAAUAGUCAAUCAAUUGACGAUGGAUUUGUAAUAAUAACCAUUUAGAAAAAAGAAUGUAUGCACUUCUCUCUAAUUCGGAAGUAUUCAAGGUUGUGUGUCUCGUAUAUUUUACGACAGGUAUCUCCUAGAAUCCGGCAUUAUUAUAUGAACCGGUACUAAGUAUAUGAUUUGUUUUUACACACAUUAUUUUAUUUUAUUUUUUUAUUUUCUUGUUUCUUUUUUGUAAAAUAAUUUUUUAGAUUUGCAACAAACACACAUUUAUAGGCUAUGAUUAAGUGAUGGAAUGAAUUAAGUGUGAUAACAAAGUAGAUAAUUUAUUUACACAAAUGCCUUUAUGGCAUUGUGUAUAUAUGCACGAGGCAUUUUAUAUAUAUAUAUAUAUAUAUAUAUGUGUGUAUAUAUAUAUAUAUUUAAAAGUGUUAUAAGUGAAUCAUUAAUUAAUUUUUAUGUUCACUCGCAUUGUUAUUGUACAUUUCAAUAAGUACAGAUAUAUCCCUUAGAUAACGUGACGCAAGUAAACAGAUAUGACCAUACUCUAUUACUCAAAAGUUUCCAUAUUUUAUUAUUGUUGUUGUUGUUGUUGUUAUAAUUAUUAUUAUUAUUUUUAUUAUUCUUAUUAUUCUUAUUCUUAUUCUUCUUCUUCUGAUUACUAUUAUUCUUAUUAUUAUUUUAAAAAUAUUUUUAUUAAAUUUCAAGUUGUUUUAUUUGGGUGAUACAAAAGUAACUUAUGAUCGAAUAGUUGUAAUAAAAAUAAUGACGCAUUUAAUAUACAAAAUUUAUUGUCAAAUGUUUAUGUUAAAUAUAUAUUUAAUUCUUUUUUCUUAUUUCUUUUUUUUUUCUUUUUUUAAUUAUCACAUCAUAUUACAUUAUUUUUUCUUUCUUUUUUUUAUUUGAAAUAAUAUAUAUGUAUAUAUAUAUAUAUAUAUAUAUAUAUAUAUAUAUAUAUAUUUUAUUUUGUUUAAUAUGAUCAAACAGCGACGGGGAUUGGUCAUAACUGAUAACAUGUGUCAUGUUCCGAGACAAUAAAAAAUAUAUUUCUGCGUCAUAAAGAAAACAGUAGUUUUUCAAUAGAAGUUUGAAGGUGAAGGGUUUGCUAGUCUGUUUUUAUAUACAUGAGAUUGUCACUGCUAAGUAUUAAAAAGGUCGAAAGAAGUAUCGCUUGAAUAAUAUAAUAAUUAAAAACAAAAGAAGAUAAUUAACUAUCUGGAUAAAAUGAAGUAGAUAUACAUAAAUAUAUACAUACAUAUAUACAAACAUACAUAUGUAUUGAGAGAGAAAUUGUAGGAAAAUAUUUUUUCUUGCAAUGUGGUAUAUAUCAUAUUUAUAUUAUUUUAUGAAAAAAGAGAAAACUAACAAGAAAUAAUAAGAAUAACUGCAGAGAGAGAGAGAGAGAGAAAGAGAGAGAGAGAGAGAGAGAGAGAGAGAGAGAGAGAGAGAGAGAGAGAGAGAGAGAGAGAGAAAUAUUGUUAUCUUAAACUUGUUAUUGUUUUUCCUGGACGCUGAUCAAUUAAAUAAAUUUUUAAAGAAUCGUCCAUAGCUCACUUCGGCUCCGAUUAAAAGAUUAAAUAUUUUAUGGAAAGGAGAAGUUUAAUUAAAAAGAGAAAGCAAAUAGUGCGUAAUUUUACGACCAUAUGUAUUACUUAUGAUGCAGUUGCAUUAAAUAAAAAGAAAAAAAAAAAAGAAAAUAAUAAAACCAAAACAGCUAUCUUAUAUUAAAAGUCGACCAAUAUUUUUUUUCGAAGAAAAAAUAAUAAUAUACCGUAGAGAUAUAAUGUGAAAUAUAAUAUUCCGUAGAGUCAAUCAUAAAUUUGUAUUGUUUGUUUAAUCCAUUGUUUUUUUCCAAUUAUUUAUAAUUUAAUAUUUAUUUUUCAGCUUAAGAAUCACCAUAAACAUACGCGAAUUGACUUAUACAUGAAUCCUGUACGUUUUCCUGCUUCUUCAUUGAUGUUCAUAAUCCAUUUCAUCAUCCUGUUGUUGAUCCUGCUAAAUCCUUCGUAAGAUGAAAUCUGUAUCUACAUUUUGUAGCAGAAAUUAAGAGAUGACGAAUGUACUCGUCAGACAAAUAACAGAUUAAAGUAGCCGAGUAUGAUCAGACAAAGAAGAGAUAUUGUCGGUAAAACGUCGGUAAAACAAAUACCUACUAGUAUUGAUUGCAGAUAAACAAGAAUAUGCCAUUAACGACAGUUAGCUGACUCGAUAUCGACAGAAAACAUUUUUCAAGCUUGCUUUGGAUGAGGCGUCGUAGUCGAUGGUUCUGAUCGGAAACACGAAAGCAGGAAACCAGUGUACAUCGCAAAGACCACUGUAGUCGCUAUUAAUAUAUACAUGUAGAUGUUUAAUUCUGGUUGACGGUAUCUGUUUUUGCGAAGCCACUCGAGAACUUCAUUUUCUUUGUGAAGAUCACCUUUAAAUUAAAAGUAUAUAUAAAUCUAAUCAAAUACUUACAAAAGAAAACAGCGAGGAAUUCAUUUUCAUCUAACAACUUGUCGAGCAUCUUCUUGUUAACUUCUUCGAUUUCAUUCUUUAUCUCAAAAACAUCUUGGGAAGUGAGCCAUUGUAAAAUUUUAUCUUCUUGGUUUCAGUACUCGAUAUCUUUACAAAAUCGAUUCCAAAAAGAUCAGCUUCACCGUCGAUCUUCUCCAAUGCUUCCAUAAUUUCGUCGCACUCUGCACAAUCUUCGUCGUCUAUCAUUUGUCGUUAAGGUAUUAAACACACUCACAAAAGAAGACUGCCAGAAAUGGCGACUCGUCCAAUAGUCUCUCCAACAUCCUUUCGUUGACAGAUUCAAUCUCAUCAGCCAAUUCACGAUUUUCAUCAUCGAUCAACCAUUCCAAAACUGACUCCUCGUUUUGGAGAUCUCCUAGAAUAGAAAUAUAUAAGAAAAUUUAUAUUUAACCUCGGCAUUCUAUACUAUAGGAUGUUAAUAAGAGAAGUAAGGAAAUCGUCAGAGAGAAAGAGAGUGUGUGAGAGAGAGAGAAAGAGAAAGAGAAAAAGAGAGACCUUCGAACAAAAGAGGAUUGCCAUUACGAAAGUAAACUAGAGCAGGAAAAGUUUUAAUGGAAUAUCUUUUCGCUAGUUGUGGAUCUUGAAUCUUAACCAAGUGUAUACCAAAGACGUCACAUUCGUCGUCGACUCUUUCUAAACCUUCUAAUAUUUCGUCGCAUAUGUGACAGUUUUGCUUGUCUGAAAUAGAUACGAAAAUAUCUUUUGUUUUAUCGUUGAACGCUCGGUUGCAAGUUCAAAGGAAAUCUUACAAAAAUAAACAGCAAGAUACUGUGUUUCUUCAACAAAGGCUUCCAACAUCACUCGAGUUAUCAGUUCAAUGCGAUCCUCAGUUUUCUGUGUGAUCAGCCACUGCAAUACUUCCUCUUCUACGGCCAAGUCUCCUGUAAUAGAAAGUAAGCAAAUUUUGAAAAAUAAGUUGAUAGAAAACAUUAGAGGAAUAUAUAAUGCAAACCUUCGAAUACGUUGGGUAUUUGAUUUUCAAAAUAAACGAGGACUGGAAAAUCAGUAACGCCGUAAUCCUCUGCCACUUUGUGAUCCUACAAGUGAUGAACACAAAUCUGUGAUUUUACGUUGAAGAACAAUUAUGUUCAAAAGUAAAUUAUAGGAUUCCAGUGCAUUGUUCGCAAUUGUCCAGAUCUAAAUAAGAAUAAAAUUGUUGAAACAUAUUUAAUGAUAUUAACGGAAGAUUAAUAUUUCUAAUCGAGGAGAUGAUGGCAUUUUAUUUUCAUUAUAAGAAAAGGAAAAAAAAAAGAAAGAAAAUGGAUUAUAUUUUUCACGUUGCUUGCGAUCGUGCAUGCCAUUGAAGAGCUAAGUUAUAUCUACCGUGCAAAGAGAUAUAUAAAUGACUUACAGAAAUAUACGGCCAAGGAUUCGGAUUCUCGAAUUAGAUUCAGAAGUUCUUCUCCAUCCAAAACUUCGAUUGCCUCGCCCGAUGGAUCCUUUUGCGUCAUUAACCAUUGCAAAAUCUGUUCUUCGUCGUAGAGAUCUCCUGCGAUGGCAUACAAAUGGUAUAAGAUUAACAGCAAAUAUCACCGGUUCUUUCGAUGUCAGUUUGAAAAAAAGGAUUCCUGGUAACGCAAAUACUCCGUAAUGUUUGGCAAGUUCCUUGUCGUCGAUCUUUACAAAUUUGAUUCCGGCACUAUCAGCUUCGUCGUCAAUAUGCUCGAUCUCUGCCAGAACUCUACUACAUUGUUUACAGUCGGUGCUGUCUAAACACACACAUAUAGUGAUCAAAUUGGAUCGGUUAACCAAUCAAGGAUCUCUUCCUCGUCAUCUAUAUCACCAUCGUAAUUCGUACUUUUACCUUUCCGGAAAUAAGUUAUACCAGCAGCUUCGUCGUCGAUCAACUCGACGUGCCGGAGUACUCGAGGACUUUCUGGAUCUUCUUCUUUGUCUGUGAAUAAUACGUUCGAGAAGAAAGGCAGAGGAAUAUGUAUUUAUUGUCUUAACAACGUUCACAAAGAUCAACGUUUGAAUAUAAUGGAAGAAAGAGAAGAAAGUAUCAAAGAAUUAUAUAAGAAAUUAGCCAAAGCGAUAGAGAAGAAAUAAAUCUUUCCACAUUACUCAUGGUAAUUAAAAAUAGACGUAGAGCAUCGUCGUAUAUUUUCACAAAUUGAUUUAAACAUCCUUUGGGCUAAUUAUCGUAACACUUGUAUCUACAUCAUUUAGAUACUACAUAGAAUUCUUUUCCACUGAGCUCCAUUGACGAUGGAUUAUUAAAAGGACAGGCACUCGGUAGACAUAUUUAAAGGAUUUUCAUAGCCAAAAGGAAUACGACAGGAAAUGAAAUAAUAUUGCACCGACUACCUUUCUCGACUCUGCAUUUAAUGACCAAGCGAAAUGAAGCACACCAAGCUUACCGUCGUACAUGAUUGGAACACCGGUCUCGUAGUAAAUCAGUGCUGGAAAGGAGAAGACACCGAUCUCGGCUGCCAAUUUAGCAUCGUUCGAUUUGACGAACUGAAUCCCGUGCUUAUCUGUAUCAUCAUCAAUCGUUUCUAAUUCCUCCAAUAUUUCUGCACAGGUAUCGCAAUCGUCAUCGU